AUGGAGGAAGCAACUACGUCUGCGGAGCGCACGGAGGAAUUGUGGCACAAACUGCAGUACGAAGAGUCUUUGAAACUGCGCGCUGCAGAAGCCCCAGCCGCAAGCCAUCGACAACCCGAAAAAGCUCCAGCCCCGAAACAAAGCUCACUGCAAACUUCAUUUUCCCGCAAUGUGCCUUAUGAAAAGAAAAGUGUCAAGUGGUGUAAUAUAACUAAAGCGGUGUCCUACCACAUUGCUAAAGAUAUGGUCCCCGUUGCAACUGUGGCACAAAUCGGAUUCCAAAAGCUACUGAAAACUAUGGACCCGAGAUAUGAGCUUCCCAGUCGCAACUACUUUGCACGAGAAGCACUGCCACAAAUGUACACUGAAAUCAGACAGAGCCUUGCUGACCGGCUCGCUAACGUGACCCAUUUUGCGUUGACCAGCGAUAUGUGGUCGAGCAGGACGUGUGAGCCUUACAUGAGCAUGACAGUUCACUUCAUUCAAGACUGGGAGAUGAAAACAGCGUGUCUGCAAACAAGUUAUUUCCCCCAGGACCACACCGGUGAGCACAUAGCUGAGGCCCUGCAGGACGCAAUUGCAAGCUGGAAACUCCAAGAAAAGUAUCUGGUUGCUAUAACAACCGACAACGGGAGCAACAUCGUCAAAGCGGUUGAGCUGAACGAGUGGCUGAGGAUGCAGUGCUUCGGUCACAGACUGCACUUGGCUAUUGGACAUGGCAUGAAUGACAAGCGUGUCACCCGGGCCAUUUCUUUGUGCAAAAGAAUUGUAAGCUGUUUUUCGUACAGCUGGAAGAAAAGGAGACAUCUUGCUGAAGUCCAGAUUCAGCUGGGUCUGCCAAGUCACCAACUCAUAACCGAGUCUGCCACACGCUGGGGAUCCAGGCAGCAGAUGAUAGAGAGAGUCCUGGAGCAGGAAGGAGCACUGGCCAAAGUCCUGUCUAAUGACAAAAAGACCAGGCAUCUUGUCCCUACCUGGCAGGACUUAGAGGUCCUAGAAGCAGUCCAAAAGGUCCUGAAACCUCUCCAGGACUUUACUGAUGCUUUAUCAGGUGAGGAGUACGUCACUCUAUCAUAUGUGAAACCUGUGCUGCACCUUUUUAACGAAAGUCUCCUGGCAUGUGAAGAGGGUGAUAGCGAGCUUUGUAAAACGAUCAAGACCAGCAUUGUUGAGUACCUCAACAGCAAAUAUUCUGACCCAGCCACUACUGACCUUUUGGAGAUGGCUUCAUUUGUGGAUCCUCGGUUCAGGGCCACCUACAUCCCAAGUGAAAAAGUCGAUGCAUUAAAGCACAGAGCUGUCUUGGAGGUGGAGACGCUACUGGCUGAUCAGAGCAGCUGUCAACCGCCUUGCCUAUGUGUGCCCACUGUGCCUGAGCCUGCAGAUGGAGAAGCAGCAGUAGCACCAAAAGCUAAGAGACUGGCAAGCUUCUUCAAGAAGCGCACAGCCACCACCACUGCACCAACCAAGAGGGAGGCUAUUGAAAAUGAACUGUCAAGUUACUUGCAGUCCGCAAGUGUGGAGAGUGACACUGAUCCUCUCAAGUGGUGGAAGGAUCAUGAAGUUUUCUUUCCAUCUCUGAGCCACCUGGCAAAAAAGUAUCUCUUGGUACCAGCUACCAGUUCACCCUCCGAAAGGGUUUUCAGCUGUAGUGGCAAUAUCGUGACCUGCCACAGAGCAUCUCUGAAGCCGGAUGCUGUUGACAGGCUGGUGUUUCUCGCACAAAAUCUUUAA